AUCUACCGCCAGACGUCUUAUUUAGCAACCAACGAUCUCGCGUCCCUUCAUCAUCAUCGUCCCUCUGUAAAUUGACUCAUACUUUCAUCGUCAACCAUCAAAGCAUAAAGUUGAAAAAAGAUGUCCCAGGAGAAUUCUUCCACUGUUGAAUCGCCUAGAAGACGAUCUGGUCUGCUAAGAGAUCAAGUUCAGUUGAUUAAAAAGAAGGAUUCAUCUCGAUACGAGAUUGCCCCAAUCCAAGAUCCUCUAUCAUUCGAGAAGGGUUUCUUCGUAGUCAUCCGAGCAUGCCAAUUACUAGUUCAGAAAAACGAAGGCAUUCUAUUAGUCGGAGUAGCAGGUCCAUCAGGAGCUGGGAAGACUGUAUUCACCGAUAAAGUCCUCAACUUCAUGCCCAGCAUCGCCGUCAUAACAAUGGACAAUUACAAUGAUGCAACGCGUAUUGUUGAUGGCAAUUUUGAUGAUCCAAGGCUGACGGAUUAUGACACAUUACUUGAUAAUAUCCGUGGGUUGAAGGAAGGGAACGCUGUCGAUGUUCCCAUUUACGAUUUUAAGUCCAGCUCACGAAUUGGCUACAGAAAAGUCGAAGUUCCUUCUUCUCGGAUAGUCAUUAUUGAAGGGAUUUACGCACUGAGUGAAAAGCUACGACCAUUGCUGGAUCUUCGUGUCUCUGUAACUGGUGGAGUACACUUUGAUCUUGUCAAGAGGGUUUUAAGGGACAUCCAACGUGUUGGUCAAGAACCUGAAGAAAUCAUUCAUCAAAUCUCUGAAACCGUAUAUCCUAUGUACAAAGCUUUCAUCGAGCCUGAUCUACAAACUGCACAUAUAAAAAUUAUCAACAAGUUCAAUCCUUUCUCCGGAUUCCAGAAUCCCAGUUAUAUUUUGAAGUCUAAAAAGACAGUGACACCAGAGCAAAUGAAAGCAGUUCUUUCUCCAGAUCAUCAAGAAAGAAAAGAAGAAACUUAUGACAUUUAUCUUCUUCCACCUGGUGAAGAUCCUGAAGCUUGUCAAUCAUAUCUCAGGAUGAGAAACAGAGAUGGAAAGUACAAUCUUAUGUUUGAGGAAUGGGUGUCUGAUAGUCCAUUCAUUAUAUCACCUAGAAUCACCUUUGAAGUGAGUGUGCGUCUUCUUGGAGGACUAAUGGCAUUAGGCUACACAAUUGCUGCCAUUCUCAAAAGAAGUAGCCAUGUUUUCUUUGAUGAAAAGGUCUGCGUGAAAACCGAUUGGUUAGAGCAACUUAAUCGCACCUAUGUUCAGGUGCAAGGAAGGGAUCGUUUGUACGUCAAAUAUAUUGCGGAGCAACUAGAUUUAGAUGGUACGUAUGUUCCUCGCACAUACAUUGAACAAAUACAGCUCGAAAAAGCCGUAAAUGAUGUCAUGGCAUUGCCAGAUGAUUUGAAGACAAAGCUUAGCAUAGAUGAUGAUUUGGUUUCAAGCCCUAAAGAAGCGUUAUCUCGUGCCUCUGCUGAUAGGAGAUCCAAAUACCUUAACCGGGGUGGUGCGCAUUCACUUUCGACACGCGAAAGGAAUUUCUCAAAGCUAACAAAACUUUCUAUUAAUAGUAGGAGAUUUGAUGGACGGACACCCGAUUCACCAGCACCGGUUGCAAAUCAAGGAGUGAUUACGCACUUAUCGGAACAAAUUUCUACUCUGAAUGAAAGAAUGGACGACUUUACAUCUCGUAUUGAAGAACUAACUUCAAAAUUUUCUGAAAAAAGAGUACCGAGUCAUCAAAAUAUAGCCGGGCAGACUGAACCGUGCAACGGGUCAGCAACUUCACUGUUCAUGGCCGGUUUAGGAAACGGUCAAAUGCUGCCCAAUUCUGCAUCUUCUAAUCAGUUGGCUCGGGACCCACCUCUCAUGGAAGAGGUUUUAAUGAUAGCGAGGGGACAACGACAGGUGAUGCAUCAGCUUGACAACUUAAGCAACUUGUUACGUGAGUACAUGACCGAAAAGGGUCAGGCUGACCGAGCAGAAAAGGGCAGCAGCAGAUUGACCGGAUUUGAGUCGGUUGGAUUGCCCUUUGUGGUGACAUUGACAAUUGGUGGAUUGGGUUUCUUAUUGUGCAAGACUUUGUAUUCCCAAAAUGUAAAGAAUCGGGUGAAUGUUGCCCCAACAAUUAUACGAAGAUAUAUGAUAUAUAUCAAUUAUCAAUAG